AUGCCAUCACGAAGUCCACGUUCACGUAGUCGAAGUCCGUCAAAACGACAUAAAAAAAGUCAUAAACAUUCCAGAAAAUCUAAUGAUGAAGUUUCACCACCAACAAGCAAUAUUUCAAUAAAAAAAGAAGAAGGAUCAACUAAUGAAAAUAGUUCUGUUUAUAAACCACGACUUCCUUCUGUUAUGUUACCACCAUCAUUUUUAGCUAAGUUAGAUUUAAAAGAAGAUGAAAAAAUUCGAUCACCAACAGGAGAUCAAUCACCAGGUACUAACAAAACAAAAAAGAAGGAAAUAAGAUUUUUAUCAGUAUAUUCUAUAUUAGCUGAUUCAACAGGAAAUAAUACACAAGCAACAAAAAAACGUAAACGACGUUUUGGUGAUGAAACUGACCGAGUGUUUUUACCUAAUAUGCCAACAACAAUUUCGGCAACUAAUAUGACAGAUCAACAACAAAAAAUUUAUAUAUUACAACUUCAAAUUGAAGAAUUAACACGACGUUUAAAAAUGAAUGAUUUAAAUAUUUCAACAGAUCAUGGAGCCAGUGCUACGAAUUCUUCUAAUGCACCAAAAUCCAGACAGAAUCAUCUUCUCGUGUCUAUGUCUCCAUCACCCGAACCAAUUUAUGAUCAACAAGGAAAAAGACAAAAUACACGAGAAGUUCGAGCAAGACGAAAAAUUGAAGAACAACGUCAUCAACUUGUUACAGAAUUACUUGUACUUAAUCCUGAGUAUAAAGCACCAGCUGAUUAUAAACCUCAACAAGCCAAAUAUAUUGAUAAAGUAAUGAUUCCACAAGAAGAUCAUCCAGAAGUUAAUUUUGUUGGUUUAAUUAUUGGACCACGUGGUAAUACACUCAAAACAUUAGAAAAAGAAACCAAUGCGAAAAUCAUCAUUAGAGGCAAAGGAUCAAUCAAAGAUGGAAAAAUGGGUUUAGUCAAAUACGGUCCAUUACCAGGUGAAGAUGAACCUUUACAUGCUUAUAUAACCGGUACUUCGCCUGAAAUUGUAGCUAAAGCUGUAGAAAAGGUUAAUCAAAUAAUAAAUCAAGCUAUUGAAGAACCUGAAGGAAUGAAUGAAUUACGUAAACAACAAUUACGUGAAUUAGCAUUACUUCAUGGAACAUUACGUGAAAAUGAUUGUCUCAUUAAACUUAAAUUAAUGACUGAAGCUGAAAAAAUUGUUACAAAUACAAUAAUAUGUACAAUAUGUGGUGGAGCUGGACAUGUACCAAGUGAUUGUAAAUUUCGUAAAAAUGCAGAUGGUACUUAUGCAGAAUUAAAUCCUGAUGGAUCACUUAUGAUUAAUGGAGCAAAUAGAGUUGAACAACAAAAACUUGAUUGUGAAUAUCAAUCGUUAAUUAAUGAAUUAACGGGUAAAAAAGAUUCAGAUACAAAUGCUUUAUCGUUAGAAGAUCGAAAAGGUUUAAUGAGUGGAUCAAGAACAAACGGUCCGACAUUAGCUAUAACAGGUGGAGUUCCAGUAACAAAUAAUCCAGCCAGUACUACUUCAGCAACAUUCAAUAAUCCUACUAAUCCUAUUAAUAAUAAUGGAACAACAAAUACUACUAAUAAUAAUUAUAAUCCUCCAUCAUUAAUGUCUCUUAAUACAAAUAAUACAUCAACUACUCAACCACAAACCUCAUCAACUCAUUGGAGUAAUACAGGUCCUCGUUAUAAUAAUAAUGAUGUAUUCGAUGGUCAUUAUCUUCUUCGACGAAAUAAUCGAAAUAAUAAUUAUUCAGCAUAUAUUGAAGGUGAUUCAUAUCGUGCUCAACAUAUACCAGCUUUAAUGGAAAAUGGAGGAAAUAAUAGUAAUACAAAUUCAUCAACAUCAUGGACAAAUCCUCAGAAUUCUCAACAACAACAACAACAACAACAACAACAACAAUGGAGUCAAUGGAAUCAAUAUAAUGCUGCUAUGUAUUAUCAAAGUUUUUAUCAACAACAAUAUUAUCAAAAUAAUAGUACUGGUUUUAUACCACCAUUACCAAAAACAGCUCCUCCACCACCGCCACCACCACGUUAA